UAUUUUGUCACUAUGGUUACUGGCAGUGACUGAAACUAGACUUCUGUGUGUCACGCUACUCUCAGGCCAGCAUGGUCUUGCAGCAGUAGCAGCUCCAACUGAAUCUUACCAACUUUACCGGAGAAAUGUCACACCGCCAGGAUUAAUACAACUCCAGUCAGUCUGUGGAAUAACGUGCUUCUUUUUCUGGUGCUGGCUCCCUGAAUAUGAAGAUGGUCUCUACCACAAUGCCAUUAACACAAACCAUCACUCCAAGCACCAAUGACACCUGUGGCACCCUUUAUGACCAUCGGGACUAUGCCAAAAUCCUCAUCCCUAUUUUCUACUCAAUUGUAUUUGUUGUGGGGCUGUUUGGUAAUGCCCUUGCCCUCCACGUCAUCCGUCCCAAUCUGAAAAAGAUAAACUCUACCACCUUGUAUUCUCUCAACCUGGUUAUCUCUGACAUUCUCUUCACCCUGUCCCUGCCUUUGAGGCUAAGCUACUAUGCCAUGGGCUUCCACUGGCCUAUGUCUGAGGCACUGUGUAAGAUCUCAGGCCUGGUCUUCUAUAUCAACACCUACGCAGGGGUCAAUUUCAUGACUUGCCUCAGUGUAGACCGUUUCAUUGCCGUGGUCUUGCCACUGCGCUUUGCCCGCUUCAGGAAGGUCAGUAAUGUCCGGUACAUUUGUGCUGGUGUGUGGCUGCUGGUCCUCAUGCAGACACUCCCCCUCCUCGGCAUGCCCAUGACCACCACGCAACCAGAUGGCUUUAUCACCUGCAUGGAAUACCCCAGCUUUGAGGAGGUGGAGAACAUUGCCUUCAUACUAAUAGGCGCAGUUUUCCUGGGUUAUGUAAUCCCUGUGGUCACCAUCCUGGUGUGCUACUCUGUCCUGUGCACCAAACUCCGUCUCACUGCUAAGACCAACCAUCUGACUGAAAGGUCUGGCCGGAGCCGCAAGGUCAUUGGCGUGAUCUGCUGUGUGUCCCUGGUGUUUGUCGUCUGUUUUAGCCCGUACCACAUCAACAUCCUGCAGUACAUGAUCCGCAAGUUGGUGUCCAACCCUGACUGUGCCGAUCUAACAUCCUUCCAGAAGUCGUUACACUUCACCGUCUGUCUGAUGAACCUCAACUCCUGCCUGGAUCCCUUCAUCUACUUCUUUGCCUGUAAGGGCUACAAGAGGAAAGUUCGAAAGCUGCUGAGGAUGCAGGUCAGUAUGUCCUUCUCCAGCGCGGUGAGGACCUCUCCUGAAGGUUCCUCCAAGGACAUGAUUGACAGCAAUAAAAUCCCACUCAGCACUUCCAGGUAUAAUCAGUGAGAAACUGCACAAGGGUGUAUAAACUUCCUCCUUCCUAUCUCUGUGGGCCUACCGUGGCAAGAACCAAUGAAACUGUGAACUGAGUAGUUGUGGACAAACUUAAGUCAUCUUGGAUCCAAAACAGCUAUUCAACAUCUGUGAACAUUGUAUUGUGGCUGUAACAGACCAGAUCAACUUCCACAGGGGGAAAAGGAAAAAAGGCAUCAAAGGAAUAACUGAGAAUUUUAUGGACAAGGAAAAUGCAGCACUUCCUAUUUCCACAUAUUCUCUCACUGGUAUUGAUGACAGAAUUACUCAGGAAUGCAGGUAACAUCACAACAAACUGAAGAACAAAAAGCAUUGUUUGAUGGAGCAUGUUAAUAUCUAUAGAUGGUUUGAGAGCACACACGGUGCACUGUAACAUAAAAAUUGAAAUGGAGAAAACAGUUUAGCUCUUGAGUUGUUGUGACUAUGGUAAAUAUGAAUUUCCACUUCUGUUGAUGAGAUUCACUGCCUUCCUUUUUUUAUCUAAAUGUAAAACUAUGCAAAACUAUGUUUUGACAAUGUACAGAAAAAAGUAAAAA